AUGGGCAUAGUGGAUGCUUUUCUACCCAUUGGUGCCAGUGCAGACGCACAGGGAAAUGAUAAAACUUCGAUGAAUCCAGGCACUGUAUCUGCAAACUGUAUAUCAACUUAUGGUCAUGCUUUGGCCUAUCAAGAGUUUGAACCGCAUCAGUCUUACAGCCACAAUGAAGGUAGCAGAUCUUAUAAAGGAAGUGGCUUGAUUACAAGAUGUGAAGCUCCAGGUACGGGCGGUUUCUUUAUAUCAAAAGACAAAUAUCCAUACGCUGGUGCUGCUGCUGCCUGUACUGCCUUGGGUGGCUCCCUGGCUGAUAUUAGCAAUCAGAAUUUCUUGCUCGCUUCUGAUCUUGUAUUGACAUGUACUGGUCCAAAUCAAAGAGCUUGGGUUGGAUCUUGGGACUACAACGAGAAUGGUAUCCCUGUAAAGAAUAGCCAGGAUUAUUUGUCCAUUUUUGUUGGUAGCAUUGGAUCCGGUGGUGGCAUUGAGAAUAUGUGUCCUGGUGACAGACCUGUUUUAUGUCAGCUUCAUCAAUCGACUGUACCUCACAAUUCGCUAUACUCUCCAUCUGUUCCUCAGUAUGCCUAUCACACUGCUGUGGCCACCAAUGUUCCUGUGCAUGGCGCUCGCCCGCAUGAAGAUCACCUUCCUUACCCUGGCGGUUAUCCUCCAUACCAAGGCGGUGGAGGGUUUCAAGGACCUCAUCGUGAAUAUCCUCAGGGGCCAAACGGCGGUUAUCCAGGCGGUGUGUAUCCUGGCGGUCCUGACUAUGGCAACGGCGGCUAUCCAUAUGGCUACCCCAACAAUGGCUAUCCUUACAAUGGCUACGGAGGUAAAAAUGGACACAAGGGAUCGAACGGUGGUGAUAGAACAGUUACAUUGUUAUCGACAACAACGGUCAAUGGCCUUGUCACUACGUUGACACUCUCUGGUAUUGAAACCGCCGUUAUCGUGGAGAAUACUGCUUCUAGGAUUACCUUGGAUGCCAUUGUCUCUACCAUUGCGCUUGAAGGCGUGCCCUCAACUGUCAUUAAAAUCAUUGAUGGUGUUCCUGUUACUGUCACUGUAGACGGCAUUCCAUCUACAUCCACUGUCACCAUGAUUGGCACAAGCACCAUCACUGAUCUGGAAGUAACGACGUUCACAGAAACAAAUACGGAAUUAGCAACAGCUACUGAAUACGUUACUGUCAUUAGCACGUUUAUCGAUGUGCAGUUUACUACAGAUAGCGUGCUCAUUUCUACGCAGCUUGUUACAUUGCCACCUUGCCUCGUUACACUUCCACCUAAUACGGUCACUCAGAGCAUCACACUGGCUCCCAAUGUCAUUACCUUGCCUGCAAGCACUAUCACUCAGUUACAAAUUUCAUCCAUCUCGCUGCCUGCUACAACAAUCACAUUGCCUUCUGGUACUAUCCCUCUGCCUGCUAGUAUUGUCACUCUGCCUCGCGAUACAGUAACCUUGCCUGCAAAUACAGUAACGUUGGAGCCGUCUACCGUUACCCUGUCUAUCACUUUGCCUGCGAAUACAGUGACACUUCCCAUUACCCUGCCUGCCAACACGGUGAUAUUGACUCCUCCCACUGUUACCCGUCCUGUAACAUUGCCUGUGUCGAUGGUUACUCUACCUGUAAGCACACUGACUUUACCCAUCAGUACCAUCACUCAAACACAAGUUUCUUCAAUCACCUUACCAGGCACAACCAUUACACUCUCGUCAGGAACUGUAACAUUGUCACCUAGUGUUGUCACUUUGCCGCCCAACACACUUACUGUGGCCCUAGAUCCGGCAACAUUGCCGCCAAAUACUAUCACCCUUCCUGCUGGCACUACCACUAUAACUCGGGCCCCUUUAGCAGCUACUACAGUUGCUGCUCCUCCUGCAACAAUUACGGCGUCACCUACAACAAUUGUUCAAUACUCGACGCUUCAAGUAACAUCGACCAUUGUGCUGCCACCUGUUACCUCGACAGCGAUUCAGUUUGCCAUCAGACGACUGUUGAGACGCCUGAUCCUACUAUAA